UUGACAAAAGUCAAAUGUCUGGUGAAAAUGUUAUAGUUUGGACGGAUAAUAAUAUAUACUUGUCAAUACUUGUGUUUCUGUGCAAAUCGUUGCAGAAUGUUGCAGUUUUUUUACCGUUUCCACGUGUUAUGAGAUAAAAGAUAAUUAAGUAUUUAAUAGUUGUAACAUAAGCCAGGGGUACUUCAUCGCAGGAUAAAAGUCCUCUUACCAAACUUUUCAUACUUUAAAAACAACUUUACUUGCAAGGGUUCAGUUCUCGUCAUAGUAACUCUGAACUUUGUGCUUGGCCGUUCUACAAGAUAACAAUAAUUUAGUUUAUUGAAAAAAGAGUAAUUUUUUUUUUGUAUCAAUUGUGAUUUUGAGAAUAAAUUUUCAAUAUGCAACAAGAACAUAAAAGAGCGAUACAACUUAACUUCAGCUCCCUGGUGGACCGCACAGAUUUAAAGAUGAUGGUGUCAGCGCUCUACGAGAAAGGAGUGUUCUCUGAAGCCAUGCUGGAGCCUUAUUCAAAUGAAAACAUAUCUCAGUUGGACCGAAAGCGGCACCUGUUCCACGCCAUAACUCGCCGCGGGCCCGAAGCCUUCGCGAAAUUAACCGAGGCUCUGGUGGAGAUGGGGCAGUGGGACCUCGUGCGGGAUCUGGACCCCAACAGUCCCGUGCAUCCGCGCUCGAACAGACCCGAGCUUCGCCUGAAUAUGCCCCGUCCUCGAGAAGAAACCGAUGAAAAUAACUUCGUUAGCAUUAAGACUAAGAAACAGGAAGCACAAAAAAAUAUGCGGCAGCCUGUCAGCUCUCCGCCCUCGUCCAGUCCGCAGUCGUGGCCCGCUGCGGCGACCUCGCCACGAGCCAGCAACGACGCUACCGAUCUCUCCCUCGACAUACCCAACUUCCAUGUCAAGAAGAGCGCUGGCUUCUUCCAAGAAGACGAAAAGAAAGGCAUCAAGCUGUAUCGCACGCGCGAGCGGUACCGCGGCAUGCUGCUGCUGCUCUCGUACGUGCACUUCGCGUACGGCACCGACGAGUACCGGCACGGCGUCGAGGUCGACACCAAGAACCUCAAGUACCUGUUCGCCGAAAUGGGCUUCCAAGUGCUCACCUACAUAAACCUCACGCUGAAAGAGACGAAUGAGACGCUGAAGUCGCUGAGCAGUGUGCUGGUGGGCGCGGAGGUGGUGUUCACGGUGGUGUCGUCGCACGGGUACGAGCAGAAGCUCGACGCCAACACGUCCAUCCGCUGCAGUGACGGCCUCCUCACCACCGACGGCAACAUCAUUGAGUUCUUCAACCACAAGAACAUGCCCCAGCUACUCGGCGUGCCCAAGGUGUUCAUAUUCCAGGUUUGCAGAGGCGUCGUGGAAGACUACGUGACCGUGAAUGCGACCGCAAAUGUGAACGUGCGCGCCUUGUCCGCGCCGCGGCCGCAGCGCGUGGCGGUGGACACGGCCACCGUGCCGCCCGGCGCCGCCACAUCCUCGCCCACCACGCCCAUCUCGCCGCCCGUCGACCUGCGCCCGCUCUACUCCGACACGCUGGUCGUGCACUCCACCGUGCCAGGUUUUGUGUCGCACCGCGACAAGUUCGACAGCUCGUGGUACAUCCAGGUGUUGUGCGAAGUGUUCGCGGAGUCUGCGCAUAACUGCCACGUGGAGAAGCUGUUCAAGUUGGUGGACGAGAGGCUGCAGCAGAAGUACGAUCAGACGUCGUCGGUGGACAGCCGCGGGUUCAACAAGAAGUUGUACCUGCACCCGGGGCUGUACGAAUGACCGCGGGCCCCUGUUCGCUGACCUGCGCCACUAAGCCGAUGUCUACCAAGCGCAGCGCAACACAGGUCAAUGAUUUAGCUCAAGCUAUGUCUUAGGCAUAAAUGAUAGUCUUUAACACAAAAUGAUAUUUGUGUUUUGGCGACCUCCUAUCGUCCUGUCGUCGAAAGAUGUGGCAACGUUUAUAAUUCAUUAUACGAAUCUAUAGAUUCAUGUAAAAGAUACAAUUGAAAUUUAUUCCAGGUUGUAAUAAAUUAAGUAAAUAAUUGACGAGAAUUAAAAAAUAGUAUGAUGGUAAUUAUACUCGGAGGUUUUGCCUUACCAAAAAUUAUGAUAGUAAGAUUGGGUGUACAUUAACCACCCAAUUUGGUUGAUAGAAGUAAAGACAAGUACAUAUGAUGUGGCAUUUUAGAUGGACCCAAGUACCCAUCACUACUUAGCCUCUUAUACGGGGGCCUUCACAACUUCUUUUUACUUAGUUUUGUCUUUUACCAUCAAGCACCAGUAUACUAGUACUGUGUGUGUUCCGAUUUUAAGAACACUCAAGGUGAUACACCAUUGUAAUAAAUUGAAGCUUCCGGGCAUUAUUGAUAAUCUUUAUGAAUUCGUGGCUCUUACUAUAUGAGAAUGUGAAUAAUUUCCUCGUCACCUUGUUAGGUUAGGAAUUACUAUUAUAAAUUUAUAUAAGGUGAUGAAAAAAAUAAAAAAAAGAACGAAAUAGAAAAAUGAGGUAUGAAAUAAUAGUAAACACGGUUUUGUACGCGAUUAUACAAGAACUAUUUUUUUUAAAGAUUAAAUGAAAAUCCGAAUAACAUCAGUUUAUUAUAAUGAAAUAAUAUUGGUUCCUUACAAGUUGAGCAUUUGGACGAUUGUCUAAUUGAUUUCCUUACAAAACUAAGUUACUGAAUAUUUUAUUAGUUAGGCAGUUGUCCUGUUGUUUUGUAUUUCAUACUUUGUGACAAUAACCAGGUAUGAUGUUUGUAAAAUCGUUUUAUGUAUGUAUAUGGUUCUUAAUAACUUGUACCGAUUGCCUCCAACAGAUGUCGCUUUACAACAAUGACAGCGCGUGUCAAACUUCUAUGAUUUACAUUUUCAAUAUAGUAAUACCCUCAUGAUGGAAUUUCCAUUAUCAGAAUGAAUGUGCAAUUUUAAGACUUGUAUCGAUAUCAGAAUACAACUUCCAAAACAUUUGCAACUAUCAUUAUCUAGUUGCUAUGAUGGAACAAUUACUAGAAUACUUGUAAUCAUCGAAGACACGAAAAAUGAGUACUCAAAUAUAUAAUUGCAAACAAAAAAAAAUGAUAAAAUGGAACUGUUCCAAAAAUAAAUUAGUUUAAUUUAUAUGCUAAGAAGAUCUGAGCUGCUGAAAGAUAUAUCAUAAAAUGUAGGAUAAUGUUCCUUGUAGAGUUUUCUUUAUUAUUUAUUUCAAAUGCUUAUGGGUUUCUGGUUCGUAUAACAAGCUACAUAUAUACAUUAUCUCGUAAGUGGAUAAGUGAUUUAUGGAUAUACCCUUUUGAUAAACUAACCUUAUCUAGAGCAAUAUGAAGUAUCCAGCAGGAAUUGAAUGGAGAAAUGAUGUAAUAUUUGCAAUUAUAUUAAUAGGGUAUGUUUGAAUUUGCACAUUACAAGUGAAAACUGCAUUAUAAUUGGUAAAGAAAUGUCAAUCACAUUUCAUAUAUUGCAAUGUGCAAGAGUGGGCGCGUAGUGGGGAUAUCGCUCCAUCUCAUUCUUCCGCGUUACGUGGGCGUAUUGCGCCUCAUUUCUCGUUUCUUGACAUUUAACCUUCUACCCAAAUUCAGAGGCUAUAUGUAUUUCUGAAAAUGUAUAUGAUGAUUUUAUAUGAGGUAAAUAUUUGAUAAAUGUAAAGAACAAAUAUAAGUCACAUACCCUCCUGUGAUGCCGCCAAGACACAAUGUGAUUGAUUCCGAGGUCUCGCGCCCGGUAUAAAACACCCAUUGUGCAAUUUCCCAGGAUAAAAUUUAGAUAUUUAAUCUAGGACAUAGUCUACCUAUGUGCCAAAUUUCAUUCAAAUGCGAUCCCAGGUUUCUGCAUUAACUUCCAAACACCUACACUAUCUUUCGCAUUUAUAAUAAACAUCCGCAUUUAUAGAUUUUAAUUGUAAUAUACGUAAGACGUUCUGAUUUCUAAACAUGUCUUGAAAUAUAAGGAGCGCCCUAGACAAUAGUCCGUUUGUGGAUCACUGGACCUAUUGACACUUGUGAAAAGCAUAGAAGGCUGCACACUGCCAAUUUGAUUUCAAAAUAUGUAUAUGUAAUUAAUAAGUAGUUGGAACGAAUUUGAAUAAUUUCGUGUUAUAUUACCCUCCGAUUUCAUUUUAUUGUAAACUUCAUUAUGAAUAUAAUAAUUUUACAAAUAUUGUUAUCUGUCGAUUAUUUCACUCCAUUGUCUCCGCCGAGGAUAGCGUUUCGGUCAUCGGUGAGACUACAUAUUUUAAGCUCAACAUUUUGUAAUUAUAGUUUUUUAUUGUAUAUUAUUUUUUUUAUGUUUUUAUAAAGUUGCAAUAUUCAUGUUUCGGCUGUCACACAAAUGAAGUCAUGCCAUUCGAUCGAGAUGAGCAAGGAAAAAAAUGUUUUGAUGUUUUAUAAGCGAUUCGUCUGUGAUUUUUUCAAUGAAAAUAUAAUGUCACAAUCACAAACGGUGUGUAGACUAGUUACACGCAGCCUAACAUGAUAUUGCCGUAAGAUUAUGUAUAAAAUAUAUCUGAAUAAUUUGCUUUGUUAUAUUAUGCGCUAUUAAAAUAUUGUACUAUAUUUUAUAUUCAAUGCUAUGCUGUGUAACAAACAUUUUAAAUGUAAAUAGGUAACAAUGUUCCAAAGUGGCUCAAAUGUGGUAUGCUCAAGUUUUUAGAGAUGUGUCUGCAUUUAUUAAUAGUUGUGAAUUGUAAUAUGAGAUUAUUUUUUCAUUGAUUGACUUAUUAAAGAUGUCUCCAAUGUGUAGCUGGUGUGAAGAUAGUCACAUGACCGACUCUGCCCCAUAUCGUAGUUUAAUCACUAGAUAUUUUGUUUUGAUCUAAAAUAAAGCAGGAGUGACGUUUACGUGCAUUUGUAAUUUUGUAUUGAAAAUGGGAGUUGUUGGUCGGCAUUGUGCUGUUCGUAACUAACUUCAGGCCCGGAGCAUUCUGAUGUGAAAUUAUGGAAUCUAGUACAUAUGUAUUAAAUAUAUUUUUAUAAAUUUUCAAAUUCAUAAAAAA